AUGAUCAUAAAGUUAGUUGUGCUGAUAUUAUGUGUGAUUGCAUCGGAUAAUUGGAAUCAACAGCAUCAGUAUUUCAACACAACCACUUUAACAGACUCUGAAGGCUGGUGGGUUCAGGGAAACAAAGGAUAAAAUAUUAGCACUUGCGGCAAUGUUUAAUUGUUUGGAGGUUUUAAUGCGUUUGGAACUGGAGCUGCUGUUUCAAACUUAAUUCCUCUAGAUCCGCAUUUUAAAAUACGCGUUACUUUCUAGUUUUGGAAAAUAGAUAGUUGGGAUAACGAAAUUGUAUAUUAUAUACUAGGUGAUAAUGUUUAACAGAGAUCUUGGUUUUGGAGUUCUGGAAAUUCGAUAUGUGGGAAUACAGAUUAUUAGAGUGAGUGGAAAGAAGUUAUAGUAGAAGAGAAAUUCGAAUUUUUGCACUAAGAACCAACACUUGCAGUAAUAAUCAAAACUACUUUAGAUGAGAGUCCUAAUAAUGAAUCUUGGGGAUUUAGAAAUUUUAUAGUGGAGGUAGUCCUAUGUUCACCAGGAUGUUUAAGUUGUAGUAAUGAUACACCUGAUGAAUGCUUAUAUUAUGUACCAAUUGAAGUGAAUUGGUUUGAUAGUUUUAAUUUUGAUGGAUGGCUUCUUGAUAAUUAAUAGUUUGUUGGAAUCAGCUAAUGCGCCAACAUGACAGUAAUAGGAGGAGUUGGCCUUAUUUCAGGAAAUAAAUAGUUAGCAAAGAAAUAUACAUCUUUAAUUCCACAUUAUAAACUAAAGUUACAAGUUCAGUUUUGGAAAUUUGACUUUUGGAAUAAUAAUAAAUUUACUUUAGAGAUUGAUGGGCAAAAAUGUUAAGAAGCAGUUUUUAAUUAAUUUGAGGUUAUUCCUCUUUGUGGUGAUAGUAAUGGGGCUGAAAAGUUGUUAGACAUUCGUCAGGAGUUGACUCAUACAUCCGAUAGUCUGUAGAUUUGUAUGUAUUCUGACCUUAUUGCUGCAAAUGCUUUUUGGGGAUUACGAGGCUUUAGAUUAUUUCUCGCAAAAUGCGAUGCCACAUGCCUUACCUGUUCUGGACCAAACAAAAAUGACUGUCAAUCUUGCCAACCUGGAUACAGACAUGAAAAUAAUGAGUGUUUAGAUGUAAAAUGGAUCUUGGGUUUAUCACAGUAUUUUUAACCUCAGGAUUUUCAAAUUCAACCUGGUUGGACUAUAUCAAAUAUUUACUAUAAUCAAUCUCCAUUUUAAAUAUGUGCUAAUACAAAUCUAGUAGGAGGGUACUCAUUGUUAUCUAAGGAUUCUGAAAUAGCCUUAACUAUGGAUUUACCUAAACAUAUAAAAGUAAGAGUCAAAGUAUAAUUUUGGAAAUUUGAUACUUGGGAUAAUGAAUGGCUUCAAGUAUAUGCAAAUGGAAAUAGAGUUUAUUAAGAAUAAUUUGGAUUGACUGGAGUUCAAGUAAUUUGCGGAUCAACUAUUUCUAAUGCUUAUGCAAAAUAUUUAGAUUUUGAAUUUAUUCACAAGAACCCAUCUAUCAAUUUGGUUAUGACAACUACUUUAAAUGAAAAUGCAGUUAACGAAUCUUGGGGAAUCAGAAAUUUUUAAUUAUUUUAUGGAAUUAUACAGGAAUGCAGCUAUUCUAUUAUUGAGGCAUUUAGUUUGCCCUCAUUCAUAGGAACUAAGAAUAUUUAAACAUCAUUUUAUUCAUUUGAUCAAUCAUUGUAAAAUAAAUUGAUAAUUACUGAACUCGGGAUCUCUCUGUAUCCUGAGUUUGAUGAAACAAUAACUGUUGACUCUUCAAUUAAAAAAUUGACAAUCUCAAUCAUUUGGAAAUGUUUUUAAACUGAUCUAAAUUUAUCCAUUACAAUAUUAUAAAGCAGUUACCCAGAUUACUAAACAAGAACAGUUAUUUGUAAAACAAAACAAUCCAAUGUAUUAAACUCCUAGGUAGUUUUGGAAAGAACAAUAAAGUAAGAAUCGUAACUUAGAUUAGUAGCUACUUCAACAUCCAUUAAGGUAAAUUAAAUAAUAUAAACUUAAACUAUAAAGUAAUACGAAAUUGCAAUUAACUGA